UUAAUAGCCUCCUUCAUAGCAUAUACAUCAAUAACGUUAGUCUUAACACGGAUAGUGAAGUCAAUUGUAUAAGUUAUAAAUAUAUCAAAAGCGUAAAACUCUGAAUGAUUUGACAAUAAUUGUAUCAUGGGAAAAACACCGCCACCAGGUGGCCACAUAUGUGCACUUGUGCAAGCGGAGUUGUUAAUUCCAUCGCUUUCGGUUUGGAUUGGUUCAAUUGCCUGAACGGAAACAUCAGUUUCUCUACAGAAAACAAGAUCAGCAAGGCAUUCUGCGAAGGUCGAAUUAGUGUCCCGUUUUCCUUUCAAACGACACCCAGCCGUCACGACCUAUCAAGAAAGUCAACGACGAGUCAACAACAGCCGCGGUGUAACUUUCCACCACAGUGAAUUCAAAUGCUCAUCCGACACCUUUACUGUAGAGCCACGGUAACACGUGGCCUUUUUGUCCCAACUAAAAAUACCUGGGGCAAUCAAGACAUGAGCCGCCCUAGUUCAGAUUUGGCGGCGUUCAGGGAUAUAUUCUCGAAGGCCAAGCAUGUAGUGAUAUUGACCGGAGCAGGGGUGAGUGCUGAGAGUGGAGUUCCUACCUUUAGAGGUGCUGGAGGCUAUUGGCGGAAGUGGCAAGCACAGCAACUUGCCACCCCCGAAGCUUUCUCCAGGAACCCCUCGCGGGUCUGGGAGUUCUACCACUAUCGCCGCGAGGUCAUGUUGACCAAGACCCCCAACCCGGCCCACCAGGCCAUCGCAGAAUGCCAAGAGAGGCUCUGCAGAAAGGGCCGCAAGGUCACCCUCGUCACCCAGAACAUCGACGAACUACACCGCCGCGCCGGCUCCAAAGAUGUCCUUGAACUUCAUGGGAGUUUAUUUAAAACACGCUGCAUGAGCUGUGGCCAUGUAUCGGCCAACCACAAGAGCCCCAUCUGUGCUGCCCUGGAGGGCAAAGGUGCCCCUGACCCCAACACUGAUGACGCUAAGAUCCCUGUGAAUGACCUGCCAAGGUGUCAGGAAGCAGACUGCCGGGGUCUGCUCAGACCUGCUGUUGUGUGGUUCGGAGAGAGUCUGGACUCGGACAUUCUGCAGAGAGUAGAAGAAGAGCUGGACAGCUGUGAUCUCUGCCUCGUGGUUGGCACGUCUUCCAUAGUCUAUCCGGCAGCCAUGUUUGCCCCACAAGUUGCAGCCAGAGGUGUCCCUGUGGCCGAGUUCAACAUGGAGCACACACCAGCCACCAUGGAAUUUCAGUUCCACUUCCAUGGUCCUUGUGGGACCACUCUGCCCGCUGCUCUUGCACCCCACCUGUCUGAGGCCAAGUGAGGCCUGGCCACAGGCUCCUGCUUUGAUCUCCCCUUCAAGGCCCUGGGCAUUUAACACGCCGACCGACCUCAACAAUGAAUGAAUUUUCCCAUUUAUUUUUAGAUAUUUUUUAUGGCGUUGGGUGCAAUGAACCCCUUUAAUGGCUCAUCUUAAAUCUAGAUUUUUCUUUAUGGAGAAUCCAAAAUGUUGAUGUUGAUGGCCUUGGGGAAUGGUCACUACCAUGUCCACCUCAUGCCCGAAUCGUACUGCACAUGUUCAAUGGCUUUCAGUUUACGGCACUUAUACCAUAUACCAGAUAUCUUAACUAAACCAAAGAAAGACGGAAACAAAACAGGACACAUGUUCCAUGGAUAAGAAACAUCGGCUUGAUGUUUUAUUCAAACCAGUGCUUUGGCUGUUCGAGCUCAAUUGAGUAACAACAAUGUUUUUAGUAGGGUUAUCACCAUAAUUAUGUUGUAUAAAAUAACAGAAAUGCAAAGCCUUUUGUAUUAAGUUAAAAAGUAAAACCAGAAUAUUUGGGUGGUCUUACUUAGAAGAUUUAGCAUGUUGGCAUAUGUUUCUGUAUGUGUGCAGAACCGAUCCAGCAAUUGUAAAGUGACAGAAUGUGUGCAUGCGCACUGCGCAGUCUUCGGAAUACAAUACCGCAGAAAACAUUUUAAAGAGGGUUUUGUGCCAAUGUAAAUCAGACAGUAUUCUACUGCUUUGACAGUAGGGGUCAAUAUUUAGCUUAUUGUUGUUAAACUGACAGUAGGGGUCAGUGUUUAGCUUAUUUUUGUUAUACUACUAUCACUCUGGAUCCCUUUAGUUUGGAUUUAGCCUUGGGAAAGCUAAGUCAUCAUUUGAGUUAUUUGUUUAAAUAAACAUACACUGAAGAAGAAAAUUGUUAUGGUAUUUGUAUUUUCUGUGAAAUUCAGAUUGUACUUUAAAUGAAACCUAAGAAAAAAACAUUGAGUUUAAAUUAAAUAAACCAUUCUUGUUACAUAA